AUGAUCAAGAUCUGGUCGCUCAAGAAGGAGCAGGAGGCCGCUAACAAGACGAAACCCAAAGUCUCGGCGGCCGAGCUGCGUGUCAAGAAGGACAUGAACGAGCUCGACCUCCCAGCGGGCGUCAAGAUGGAGCUCGGGCCCGGCGGCAACAUGCUCGACUUUACGCUCUCCAUCGCACCAGACGAGGGCUACUACAAGGGGGGUCUGUUCAACUUUACGUUCAAGAUCAACCCCAACUACCCCCACGAGCCACCCAAGGUGCGGUGUACACAGAAGAUCUACCACCCAAACCUCGACCUGGAAGGCAACGUGUGUCUGAACAUUUUGCGCGAAGAGUGGAAGCCCGUGCUGUCGCUCAACUCUGUCAUUAUCGGUCUCCAGUUUCUCUUCCUCGAGCCCAACCCCGACGACCCGCUCAACAAGGAGGCGGCCGAGGACCUGCGCCGUAACCGAGACGCGUUCGCCAACAAUGUCAAGAUGGCGAUGCGCGGCGGCAACGUGCGCGGAGAGACGUUUGACAAGGCCCAGAUCAAGUAG